GUGUACGCGAAGGGGACGCCGUCAGUUCAACGGCUUGCUCAGCGCGCAGGCGCAGUCGUGUUCAAAGCAGGCAAAAUGGCGGCGCCCGUGGAUCUUGAGCUGAAAAAGGCAUUUACUGAACUUCAAGCUAAGGUCAUUGAUACUCAGCAAAAGGUGAAACUUGCAGAUCUACAGAUAGAUCAACUGAAUAGGACAAAAAAGCAUGCACAUCUUACUGAUACGGAAAUUAUGACACUGGCUGAUGAAACACGGAUGUAUGAAGGUGUAGGAAGAAUGUUUAUCCUUCAGUCUAAAGGAGUAAUUCACAACCAGCUUCUAGAAAAACAGAAGAUAGCAGAAGACAAAAUUAAAGAACUGGAGCAGCGAAAAUCAUAUCUGGAACGGAGUGUAAAGGAAGCUGAAGACAACAUCCGGGAGAUGCUGAUGGCAAGAAGAGCACAAUAAGGUUUUUUUUUUUUUGCUUCAGCAGUGCUUACUAUUUGCAUUUGGACUGAACAACUGAAAGCAGGGCAUACUGGGAGUCUUCGCUCCUAGACCCCUGCAUAUUGGAAAUAUACGGACAUUGGCUUAUCUUAACUGUGUUAUGUGAGAACAAAUAAAUUCAACCUGGACCUGAUCUAGGUUUUGUUUCAA